AUGUUCGGCAAGAUUUCCCUCGAAGAAGCCUACGAGCGCCCUAACAUGGAGGAGAAAUCCAUGCGCGAGGCGCGUCUCUACAUUGCUCCCCACGACCGUGCUCGCUACAUGCGUCAGAUUGGGGAUAUCACCAACGAGCGCUUGAAGCUGUCUGACGCUCACGGCAUUGGAUACACGAUCGUUUCCCUCACGGUCCCGGGUAUCCAAGGAAUCACCGACAAGGCUGAAGCGGAGCGGGUGGCUACCGAGACAAACGACUGGGUUGCAUCCGAGAUCAAGAGCCACCGAGAUCGGCUGGGUGCUUUUGCAUGUCUCUCCAUGCACGACCCCAGCCAAGCUGCUACAGAGCUUCGCCGAUGCGUGAAGGAACUCGGUUUCCACGGUGCUCUAUUGUGUAACUUCCAGCAUGCCGGUCCGGACGGAGAAACAUAUCUCUUCUACGAUCAGCCCGAGUAUGAUGUCUUCUGGCAGGCACUGACAGAAUUGGAUGUGCCGCUGUACAUCCACCCUUCUGCACCUACCGGAGUGGUGUAUGAGAAGCUUUACGAGCAACGUCCUUCUCUGAUCGGACCCCCUCUGUCCUUCGCCAACGACGUCAGUCUGCACCUUCUGGGCUUGAUCUCCAACGGAGUGUUCGAUCGAUUUCCCAAAUUGAAAAUCAUCGUCGGCCACCAAGGUGAACAUAUUCCCUUUGACUUCUGGCGCAUCGACCAUUGGUUCGAGGACAUCAAGCGACCGAUUGCCCAGGAGGAGGGCCGUGCGAUGGCCCAGAAGAACAUUUACCACUACUUCAAGGAAAAUAUCUGGCUGACCACCAGUGGCCACUUUUCAACUGCAACCCUGAAGUAUGUCGUCAACGAGAUCGGCGCGGAUCGCAUGCUCUUCAGUGUUGACUACCCUUACGAAACGAUUGAAGCAGGCUGCGGUUGGUGGGACAAUGACAGAAAUGCCAUUGUCGAAGCGGUUGGUGGACUCGACAAUUACCGUGCUAUUGGCCGCGACAAUGCAAAGAAGUUGCUGAAACUCGGCGAUUUCCACGACAGCGAGGCGCCCGUGAGCUGA